AUGUCCUUCCUGCCCAUCUCGCUCGAGGAGCAAAGCCGUACGCUGGCCGUGACCUCUGUCGAGGUGUCGUCUUCCGCUCUUGGCGGCCAGGUCCUAGGAUGCUCGGACGAGUGGUUUGCUGCUGCUUCGAACCUCAUCAAGCCCGGCCCCGCCGAGUCACUCAAAGGCCAGUUUGGGCCGAACGGCGCGCUGUACGAUGGCUGGGAGUCGCGUCGCCACAAUCCCACGUACGACUGGGCGAUCUUGCGUCUUGGACCUUCGGGCGGCGGUCGGAUCACCGGAUUUGAUAUCGAUACCACGACCUUUAACGGCAACGAGGGCCCGGCCGCCGCCGUGUACGGCGCCCACCUGCCGGAAGACGCGCCGGCGCCCAAGGCGGACGACAAGUGCUGGGAGCCGAUCCUGCCCGAGGUGCCGUGUGGCCCGCUUGCGCACCACGUCUACGCUUAUUCGGACCCUGCGGGAACGCCCAAGACGUACACGCACAUCCAGCUGCACAUGAUCCCUGACGGCGGUAUCUCGCGCUUCCGCGUGUAUGGUGUCGUGCAAGUCCCCCCGGUCGGUGCGGGUGUGAGUGAAGAGGUGGUGCCGGGCCAUCCCGAGCUGAACACGCUCGACCUUGCGCAUGUGCUCAACGGCGGUCGCGUGGUGUACACCAACGACCAGCACUUUGGUAUCGGGCCCAAUAUCCUCCUGCCCGGCCGCGGCAAGGAUAUGGGCGACGGCUGGGAGACCAAGCGCUCGCGCACGCCGAACCACCACGACUGGGUGGUCGUGCGGCUGGGCGAGGCGGGCGUGCUGAGCCGUGUCGAGAUCGAUACCAUCCACUUCCUGGGCAACUUUCCCGAGAGUUGCGUGCUGCACGGCUGCUACUACGAAGGGCCCGAGGAUGUGCCGGGGGAGCACGAGGCGGUCGACUCGCCCAAGUGGUUCCCGAUCCUGGGCCGCACCAAGCUCGGCCCAGGCAAGCAGCACUACUACGAGGUGGAAGAGGGUGCACGUUCGCGCGUCUUUACGCAUGUGCGCCUGAUCAUCUUCCCGGACGGCGGAAUCAAGCGCCUGCGCAUCGUCGGCCGCCGCAACCGCGCACUCGAGGCGGCGGGCAUCACGACGCCAGAGCAGCGCGCCGCGCUUCCUGCUGUCCCGAUUCCCAGUAGCUAA